AUGACCGGUACAGUGAAAGAGACACCAUCUAAGGCAGCAGCUAAUGAGCUUUCAAAAAUGGAGCUUGAUGCCAAGAAGAAGGAUCUAGCGAGCGAGUUGGCUGCAGUGAAGGAGGAAGCUCCUACUGGGGAGGAAAUCGAUUUGAAGAUUUCCAAGGCAGCUGAAGAACACAGAAAGUUCAUGAAGUCCCACCAAGUGCAUCGUCACAAAUUGAAGGAAAUGGAGAAGGACGAGCCAUUGUUGGUUGAGAACAAGCGUCGUUUUGUGCUUUUCCCAAUCAAGUACCACGAAAUCUGGGAGGCUUAUAAGAGAGCCGAGGCCUCUUUUUGGACUGCUGAAGAAAUCGAUUUGUCCAAGGAUCUUCAUGACUGGAACAACAGAAUGAACGAGAACGAGAGAUUUUUCAUCUCCAGAGUGCUUGCGUUCUUUGCUGCUUCCGAUGGUAUCGUGAACGAAAACUUGGUGGAAAACUUCUCUGCUGAGGUGCAAAUUCCAGAAGCCAAGUGUUUCUACGGUUUCCAAAUUAUGAUGGAAAACAUCCACUCCGAAACUUAUUCGUUGUUGAUUGACACUUACAUCAAGGAUCCUAAGGAACACGAAUUCUUGUUGAAUGCCAUUGAAACCAUUCCACAAAUCAAAGAAAAGGCUCAAUGGGCCAUUAGAUGGAUUCGUGAUGACGAAGCCCUAUACGCUGAAAGAUUGGUUGCGUUCGCUGCCGUGGAAGGUGUGUUUUUCUCUGGUUCCUUUGCUGCCAUCUUCUGGUUGAAGAAGAAGGGUUUGAUGCCAGGUUUGACCUUCUCAAACGAAUUGAUUUGCAGAGAUGAAGGUUUGCACACCGACUUUGCCUGUUUGCUAUUCCAUCAUUUGAAGAACAAGCCAGAUCCAAAGAUUGUCGAAAGAAUCAUCACAGAAGCUGUUGAGAUCGAAAAGAGAUACUUCAUCGACGCUCUACCCGUUUCUCUAUUGGGUAUGAACGCUGAUUUGAUGAACCAAUACGUCGAAUUUGUUGCAGACAGACUACUGGUUGCUUUAGGUAACAAGAAAUACUACAACGUCACUAACCCAUUCGACUUUAUGGAAAACAUUUCCUUGGCCGGUAAAACCAAUUUCUUCGAAAAGAGAGUGUCAGACUACCAAAAGGCUGGUGUCAUGGCCAAGUCUUCGAAUACUGAAACACAAACAGGUUCUGGAGCUUUCGCAUUUGAUGAAGACUUCUAA